GGUCACGUGACCCGGCAGACAAGUAGGUCCAGGAAGUGGACCAGGAAGUGUAGCGUAGGGAAUAAGUUACUUAUCAUUCACGUUGCAGGUUUAUUUUAAUUUAUAUAUACAUGCAUGUCACCCAACGACAAAAGUAAAGAAUUGUGAAGAUGGAUGAAGACCAUUCUCACUGUAUGAGCUGUGUUAACCAGAGAUGCAUGAUCAGACCACAGCUGGGCUUCUCCUGCGAUCUUAUCACCUGCCCACAGGUGUGCGGGGCCAUCUUUCACUCCUGCAAAGCCGAGGAGCACCACCUCCUGUGCCCUCUUUUGAGAGUCCCCUGCCUGAACAGUGCCUAUGGCUGCCCUGCCACUGUGGUGCGCCAACAAACGUAUGCGCAUCUAGAGGUGUGUCCUGCCGGGGUGGUGUGCUGUACUAUGGAGUUAAGUGGUGUUGCGCCACCUGUCGAGAGGGGUUCGCUGAGCACAGAGAGUAAGAUUGUGAGGGUAAUAGAGCCAACUGUCCCGUUCUCGUCACAAUCUUCAUCCUCCGCAGAAUCUGCGAGAGAGAGAAUCAUUAAUGGAAUUAUUGGACUGAAUGAGCAGAACGACACUAAGCUGCACAAGGCCACUUUGGAGACAGCGAGGAGCUUGGCCACCGCUUUGGAGUUGGUCAGCAGUGCCAAUGCCCCUGAUAGCUGCACUGAAGGCAUGAGAGCAGAGGCCACUCUCCAGGCGAGUAGACUGGGCCGCCUCGUGCAGCGUGGACUGAGCGCAAAUGGGUGUCAGGAAGAAAGAGAUACAAAUAGUUCAAUAACUGAGUGUCUAGAGAUCAAUCAAAAGGGAACUCCCGUGCACAUCAGCAAGGGAGUGGCGCAAAGGGCUGGUCAUGUGGUGCUACAAGAAAGGGGGCUGGUCCUAGAAAGCCACAAGCCUGAGUGGAUGCCGCACAGCUGUCAGGGUUUUGACCAUGACAAGUCUCUGUGUCGAUCACAAGCUAAGAUGGAGGACAAAGCUGAUCUGGAACAGGGUGACGACCCCAUGGAACUUGAAGAAAUUGAUGUCAUCACAGCAGAGGAGAACAUCUUCUGCCUGGAAAAGUCCAGAGACUCUCAGAAGAUCUCGGAUACGUUUGGUAUUGACGGAAGCCACGUUGAUUUCGGUACGCAGACCUUCUCUUUUUUAGCGGCCAGCCCGGAGAACUACAUAAGGGUCGGCGACAUGGCCUUAGCCACCCAUCCCAGACCCGUAUGGCGUGGUCUUGUCCUGAAAGAAAUCUGCGCUCAGUUUUUUCGCCGGGAUCAGUUCUCCUCGCAUUUCACUAAUGUCCACGGUGACAUUCAGCCUGGUCUCGACGGGUGGAUAGCGCAUCGUUGCCCCCUCGCUUUUUACGGCUGCCCCUUCUCCCAGCAGAGGUUUUACCCCUCGCGUCCAGGGGCCAAGGUAAUCUUUGACAGGCGGCUCAGGUCCUUCGGAGUCCAGCCGUGUCCCGGUUCAAAACCUUCAGGCGAUUCCCAGUCCAACCUGUUCAGCGGAUUACCGCAUGAGAUAUUGUGGCACAUAACUGGCUUCCUGGACAGUUUCAGUCUGUGCCAGCUGUCUUUAGUAUCCCGGACCAUGAGGGACGUGUGCAGCGGUCUCCUCCAGACCAGAGGCAUAGUGGAGCUGCAGUGGGAGAAGACACAGUGCUCCAGUGGGCGCAGGGCGGUUUCGUGGCAGAUUAAACACAAAGUGUGGAGAUUCAGCACUGCUUUCACCCCAGUGCUGAAAUGGGGCUGCAGCGACGUCCCCAGCAUGGCCAAGCACCUCCAGAAGUGCCACUACAACACAGUAGAGCACAGGGCUGAGCCCGUGGCCCUCCCUGCUCUGUGUCCCGAGCUGGACGGCUUCUUGCUGAGUCCCACCCUGCGCCACGUCUCCCCUUAUCCACGCCUCUGGUCGGUACCGGACUGAUCACAUGCCAUUUUUGGGGAAUUUGGUGCAUUCAUAACCACAAUACAAGUCAUAUUGCUACUGUACACUCCACAGGCAUGCAACAAACUGUCUGUUUAAAUGUUAAAUGGAUGUAGUACUUAAAAACACUAUUGAGAGCAUUGCCUUAGCACUGCAAACACGAGUGACUCCCUUUUGUAAGCACAAAGAAAUCGUUCACCUGUAUUUUUAUUGCAAUAUAUGCACUCUAGACUUGUGUGAAUCUAGAAAAUAAUGACAGCACGUUCCCAGGAUUUGUUUUUACUCAUCAAUGUUUACAUCAUGGACUGUUUGAUUUUAGUAUUUACUAAAAAAUGGAUGGAUGAAUGUCACCCUUAUGUCAACCAUCAUAUAGCUCGGUUUAAUGCAACAUCAUUUUUUGUUUUGUUUAUGCUCACUUGAAUUAAAGCAAAAAAUACUUUCCACUAUUAAUUUGUGGGAGGUCUGUCCAAUGGAUCAACCUCCAAAGUCAGCGUUCACUGUGUUCUAAUGUCCAAACAUUUUUACAAAUUGUGCUGUUUUGGGAGUGUCGAGCACCAACUAAAUUGAUUUCAAUUUGAGAUGUUAAUUGCAGAUACGAGUGUUUCGAGUUAAGAGCACACUCACUAUGUUUCCAUGCACCGAAUUAGUCUGAUUACUCAAAUAGUUUGUUUAUUUAUUUUAAUUUUCACACCUACAUGUGAAGUCCCAGUGUCCAUGCACACCCUCUAAUGCAGACAUGGGCAAAUUAAGGUCGCCUGUGCUUUUCAAUCUGGCCCGCCUGACAUUCCCAAAUAAUUUUUUUAGAUCUUUAAGAUGGAAUUUGUAGCUGCCAUUAUGAUGUGCAGUGAUGUUUUCAAAUUACGGAAUUCAUUUUGAACAGAAAUAGUCAAUUCCAGAUUCAAACAUAAGACCUUUUUUUUUAAUGCAACCACAGUUUAUCUGCCAGACAAGUGUGAAAAGAAUACUAAUGGUAUGAAAAUGUUGAAACAAUUGUGCACACGGUCAUGGUGUGUCACACAUUCUAUGGUCUUCAUCGUUGGUUCCCUUUAAGGGUCAUACAUUUCCCAAAUAUGUACCAAACUUGAUUGUUUUGAUUGCUCACAA